AUGGAAGCUACCACUUUGUUCACAUUGUCCUUCCUUUUCCUUUCCUUCACAACAAUUGGAGUGGACGCCAGUCAUGGUAUCUCCAUUGUUGAUGAUCAUCAGCCUCUUGAAGUUCUUGACUCAUCCGGAAACAAACUCCAAAAGGGUGAAUAUUAUUACAUACAGCCUUUGCUAGCGUGGCCUUACUUAUAUAACGCCGCCAUUGUCUCAGUUAUAUAUCAUCCUGGAACUACCUGGCUUCAACUCGAAAUUGAAACUUUUUUUUUUGGGAUAGAAGGUCUUCCAGUAACAUUUUCACCCACCAAUCUCACCGAAGAUGCAUCGAUUCACGUGUCCACUGAUCUCAACAUCAAGUUAUACCCUAAUGAAGUAAUACCAGUAUUGGGAGAGUCACCGGUGUGGAAGGUGCCGGAAGGACUUGGAGCGCCACCGUUUGUGACUCUUGGUGGAGCGGAGGGAGAUAUAAGCAGUUGCUUCAAGAUCGAAAAAGCUUCGGAAAUAGAUGAUCGUACCUACAAGCUUGUUUCUAGCUCUGGUGGAGAUGUUGGGAUCUCAAACAGAUCCGGUGGGACAAAGCGUUUGGCUUUGGCUGAUGAAGCAUUAAGCUUUUCAUUCUUACCCGCAAAAGAUGGACUUGCAGCUUCAAAAUGAAGCAUUUAAAAUAAAUUACAAAAAUGAAAGUUUACUUCUUCCAAGCAUACUAACGCAUCUAAUAUCAAUAGAUUUAGAUGCUGAUAUACAU